GCGUCAUCGAAGUUCAUGUAAGGAGAACAACUCCUCGCCUCUUCCUGUUCCCCCGAAGUUCCGCAGGUUUGGGAGUGCUCUUGGCUGUAUGAAGUCAUGUUGAACAUGACCUAACUUUGCAGGGUUAGCUAGCUAAACUUUUGUUUGUUUUGCGAAAUCGAAAGGGAUGACGCCUUUUUGCUUGUCGUUUGCUUGUCUCGGGCGACAGGUUGUGGAACUCUAACGGCCCUUUAAUCACCAUUAAGAUCAAAGUGUAGAAAUGCUUUAGUCCGGCCGGCACUCUGACCGAUGGACGUUUGUAGGCCGCUAGUCAUGGAGAGCAAGGCUUUGACGUCGAAAGUGGAAAGUUCGCCGUGGUCCUCGAAACAAUCUCCAUAACAUUCGCGGCGUUACUGGUUGGCAUAGUGGGGAAAAACGAGCCUGUGCGAGGCAUGGGGUUGACUUUUUUGUGCGUGUGUACGCGCGCGUGCGCGGCUUGUGUUCGUGCCUCCUGGUCACGUGAUUGCGGUGUGCCGUACCUGUGGAGGUUUGGGCUCGCGCGUUGUCUUCCCUUACCUGCCGGAUAACUGAAAGCUGAUCUCCGAUUCAGUUGAGUCCAUAUUUCUCGUGUAACAAGCAGGGGACGCAGCAAUUAUGAUAAAACAUCGAUUUAAACUUUAAAAUGACACUUAAACUCUGAACUAUUCUGUCGGAUACUUUUUGACGAUGAUAUGGCAGACUAAACCAACUACGACUGAAUAUGGGAGUAGUUUUGUCUCCUCUGUAAGUAGGCUAACUUUUAAGUAAGAAGAAACAUCGAAGAUCUAACAUUUUUUCGUUUUUUUUUUACACUGACUACAGUACGCUAUUUUACAGGGUACGUUUGGUUAUUUAUUUAUAUUUAUAUUUAGCGUCGGUGUCCUUCACUUUGGCUUCAGAAUGGCUUUGUCACAAAUUCAGUGUCUCGACGAUAACCACGUUAACUGGCGCAUGAACGAGUCGAAGCCUGAGUUUUUUUAUAGCGAGGACCAGAGGUUGGCACUUGAAGCAUUAAUUACGGGCGGACGCGACGCCUUUGACAUAUAUGUCAAGGAGCAUGAGGUCCGUCCUUUUCUGUCUGAGCCGGAGUUGGAGCGACUGUCUCGAUCCGUAGAAGACUACAAACCCGGAUCCGAGAGUCACAAAACGGAUGGGAUAACGGAGGGAGAGGACGGUACAAUGUCAUUGCAGUACUGGCCGGACCGCUCUGACAUAUCGAUACCCGAUUUGGACCUCGGUUGGCCAGACAUUAACGCUUUCCGCGGGGUCACGCGUGUAAACGUCUACAUGCAGCCUCCGGUGGACGGACAGACUCAUAUCAAAGAGGUAGUGAGAAAGACCAUCGCGCAUGCGCAGAAGGUGAUUGCUGUAGUGAUGGAUGUUUUUACAGAUGUUGACAUUUUCAAAGAUAUGUUAGAUGCUGGCUUUAAAAGGAAGGUGGGUGUGUAUAUCAUCAUAGAGCAAUCCACCGUCCAGCACUUUCUCAACAUGUGUGAAAGGGCAGGAAUGCACAAAGGACAUCUAAAGCACCUGCGAGUACGCUGCACUGGUGGUUCUGAGUUCCACACACACACAGCAAAGAAAGUACGAGGCUCGCUGGGUCAGAAAUUCAUCUUUGUGGACGGAGACCGUGCAGUGUCUGGAUCAUACAGUUUCACGUGGACGGCUUCCCGUCUAGACCGCAAUCUCAUCACAGUUCUGACAGGGCAGGUGGUGGAGAGCUUCGACAAGCAGUUUCGUGAGCUCUACUUGAACUCUCGCAGCGUUAACCUGUCCAAGCUCCCGAUGGCUGAACCCCCUGAGCCUGACCCUCCCCCCGUCAGUGUGCCAGUGUCUGUUCCCUCGGCAGCCGUUGCCCGGAAGCUGAUUAACCCCAAAUACGCCUUGGUGGAGACGGCAAGCCGAACCUCCUCGGACCAGGCCAGCCCCAAAAACAGCAACUCCCAGUAUCCUUUGCCCCAGCCUGUGAAGCGCGAGGUUGCUGAAAACCCACCUAUACACCCGGGCCUUGUGGGGCUGCAGAAGGCGGAGCUUAUUGCCUACUUGCCCACCUGGCCGGAGCCCGACCCUCCCAGCGAUGUCAUCGGGUUCAUUAAUAUUCGUGACACCAGUAAGCCCAUGCAAGCGCAUUUGAUGCGAUCCCAGCUGUUUGAGACAUCGCAGCCCAUUCGCUUCAGAGAACCAUUUACGCCUCCCCCUGAGGAGCCUCUGCCGGAGAAGGCGAGUCCUCGACCCAAAGUGAAGCAUGGCAAAGCCAGCACCAACCCACCAGGUGGCCCCACUAAUCCACAGCGGCAACCUGACAUUAAACCACCUUCAGAUGCUCUACCCUCUGCCCCACCUAAAGAGACAUCGCCACCUGCUCUGGAGGUCGCACCCGCCCAAGCAGAGGAUGCAGACCCACAAAUGGUUCCCAACCCCCCUCCACCACAGCAGCUGACCCCUGCCAAACCCACGCAACCAUCCCUGGUCGAGACCCAGACGGAUGGGAAGCCUCUAGCACCACCCGUGCCCAAGCCACGGACUCUACAGGUGGUGGUGUCACCAUCCCAUGGUCUGGAGCCAGUGCAAGUCAGCCUGAUCAGUAAGGACCGGGAGGCCUGCUCUACUGACCCGACUUCUGACUCGAAUGAGGAAGGCAAGGCACACGAUGGGGCGGGGCCAAUGGCUGUUCCACUUCCCGUCUCCUCAGUGACUGUUCCACCUGCAGCGCACACGCUGGUGCGCUUGUGCGUGGAGAAGACCCACGACGAUGACGACGCAGACAGCAUGAAUGUCAUGUGCACGCGGUCGCUGAGAGACAAAGAUGAGAGCUCGACAGCAUCUGAUGAGUUCUACGAGUGCAAUGACUCAGAUGGAAACAGCAUGCAUCCCCGUCUCACUAAUGGGGGCGAAGCAACAGGGGGCUCGGGCCGUGUCAGAGGCCAUGCCUCUAGGCCUGACUUGGUUAACGUGAUGGCACGAUUCUCACAGUCCAUGGUUGACCUACGCCCAGAGACGCAUACCGAGCCAGACACUGCUGAAAGGAACUUUCUGAACACACAGAACAGAUUUACAGGAAAGUUCUAUCAGCCUGUGUCCAGGUCUUCUGCUCAAGAAGUCUACAACAGGCCUAAAGUGGUGAUCGCCAAACCAGGAGUGUUCCACCGCCCUCCCAAAAGCAGUGCCCAUGUGAUUGGAGGCCACAAAUACUGGCAGGCCAAAUUCUAUACAUCGGCACGGCAGCCGAACACAGCGGCCCCGCCUAGCGCGAGCCACGCUAGCCGCUCCCCCCGCCGGCGCGGCUCCCCCUACAGGAGCGGAGAGCUGAAGUCCGGCCGAUCUCUGGUGCAGUGCGUCGAACACGUGCACCCCCUUGCGCCCGCCCAUCGCACACUCACUCACACGCACUCCCUUUCACCCCAGAGGCGAAACGAGAUGCAGACGCCGAUGGGGAUCCCAAUCUCCAAACUGGCCAGCUACAGGAACAUGAUGGGGAAGGCCCCGGGAGUCAUGAGGGGUGUUGGCAUGGGUGACAAAAAGGUAAUGCGUGGGCAGAAGGAGAGUUAACUGUUAUCCUGGAAAUAACAGGAAGCGGAUAGGAGCGGUGGGUGUGAGCGAGUGGACGGUGUAGCACCAACUAACUGUACUUUGAGGACCCACAAUGACAUUCAUAUGUUCAUCAAAUAGAUGCUCUAUGUUGGAUUGUAUUCUGCAGGCAACAGGUGAUAGAUUUGGGCAUGUGGUGAAGGAAACAUUACUGUUAUGAACCAGUCUUUGCUUUACUUUGAAAAAGGUGUAUUGAUGCCAUGAGCAUGGCUGACACCAGAUGAGUGUUGCAGCCUUAUGUCAUUAAUCAUUUGUAUGUAUGUUGCAUUUCUUGUGUAGCUCACCUGGUAGAACAGGUAGCUCAAGGUGUUAGUGACGCCAAGGUCACAGGUUUGAUCCCCAGGGAGCACAUGUACACUUAUACUGUUAAAUAGGCAAGCUGCUCCAAUUAAGAGCAUCUGCCAAAUGCUGUAAAUAUUUUUUUUUUUUUUUGAGUGAUUCCUGGUCCUCUUUACCUGCUGACGAAAUGUAUUGGAACUAGAGGGCCAAAGUAAUAAACUUUUUUUGUAAGACUC